CGAUUAAUUGCUUGCGUUUGUCCAUUAUUGAAUUGUAAUUUUAAUUGUAUAAAUGCAAGUGUAUCAAUUUUGUAGGAAUUUUAAAUAAACUCAAUUCUACUUGAAUGUGAUUUCAUUUGUCAGGGAAAAGUUGUUUUAAUUUUAAAUAUUUUUAUCGAUAAUCUAUCGUUGCAUAAUUUGUCGUAACUGCUAUCACUUCGCAUUCUGUUAGCAUUGGUUCGCAUGAAAAUAUGCAAGGCAGUUGUUAGUAAGUGCUUUAUACGUUCGCAAGAAACAGUUUAUUUAGGAUUAUUUUUUAAAAACAGAAAUAAUUCCAUUAAUUAUUUUUGGAAGUAGAAGGAAUGUGAAUAAAGGUGCAAUUUCAUGCCAAAGUUGUUAUGACACUGGGAAGAUGCUGUCUUUUGUCAAUAAUUCGUUACACAUCCGAGUUAACUAAACAACGGUGCGGUCAGAAUCGAGGCACGAAGUCUCAUUUACUUCAAGGUGCUUCUUUAUCAAUCGGUGUACAUCAGCUAGGCAGGACACGAGAAAAGUCAUUGACUUUUCUGACUUUUUCUGCAAAUAUGGCUUCAACAAGUAACUCUAAAAACAAGCAGCAGGAGACAAAUAAUCGACUUGCUUUAGAAAAAUCUCCUUAUUUACGACAACAUGCUACCAAUCCGGUUGAUUGGUAUCCAUGGUGCGAUGAAGCCUUAAAAAAAGCAAUGAAUGAGGAUAAACUGAUUUUUUUAUCUGUUGGGUAUUCCACAUGCCAUUGGUGCCAUGUUAUGGAGAAAGAAUCCUUUAAAAAUAAGGAAAUUGCUAAGAUAAUGAAUGAGAAUUUCAUUAAUAUAAAAGUAGACAGAGAAGAAAGACCAGACAUUGAUAGAAUAUAUAUGACUUUUAUACAGGCAUUGACUGGUCAUGGUGGAUGGCCAAUGAGUGUAUUUCUCACUCCUGAUUUAAAACCCGUAAUUGGUGGGACAUAUUUUCCUCCAGAAGACACACGUACACAAACUGGGUUUAAAACUAUCCUGCUUAAUAUCGCUCAAAAGUGGAAAGAACUUAAAACCAAAAUGAUAGAAUCUGGUUCCCAUAAUCUUGAAACACUACAAAAUAUUUCUGAUAUUUCACAUACAUCAAAGACAGAUGAUGUCCCAUCGUUGGAAUGUUGCAAAAUAUGCAUUCAACAGCUUACAAAUGAAUUUGAACCUGAAUUUGGUGGAUUUGGUUCAGAAUAUAUGCAGUCGCCCAAGUUUCCACAGCCAGUGAAUCUUAAUUUUUUAUUUUAUAUGUAUAUACGUCAACCCACAGAAGAGAUUGCCAAACAGUGUUUGCACAUGUGUGUAUAUACUUUGACAAAAAUGUCCUACGGUGGCAUUCAUGAUCACGUAGGUCAGGGCUUUUCAAGAUACUCAACCGAUAGUGAAUGGCAUGUUCCUCAUUUUGAAAAGAUGUUAUAUGAUCAGGGUCAGUUGAUGCAAUCUUAUGCAGAUGCAUAUCUCGCGACGAAAGAUGUUCUUUUUGCUGAAGUUAUUGAUGACAUAGCUACAUACGUAGUAAGAGAUCUACGACAUCAGGAAGGGGGCUUUUAUAGUGCUGAAGAUGCUGACUCGUACCCUACACCUGAUGCAAAUGCAAAAAAGGAGGGUGCAUUUUAUGUGUGGACUGCUACAGAAGUUAAAUCGCUUCUAGAUAAAGAAAUUUCUGGUGGAAAGAACAUUAAAUUGUCCGAUAUUUUCUGUCACCAUUUCAACAUAAAAGAGUCAGGGAACGUAAAAAAGUAUCAAGAUCCUCACGGAGAGUUAACAGGAAAGAAUGUAUUAAUAAUGUAUAAUGGAAUUGAAGACACCGCUAAGAAGUUUAAUCUGACUAAUGAAGAAACGAAGUCGCAUUUGAAAGAAGCAUGCUCCAUUUUGUACAAAGCUAGGUCGGCAAGACCGCGACCUCACUUGGACGAUAAAAUUAUUGCAGCAUGGAACGGUCUCAUGAUAAGUGGUUUGGCGCGUGGAGGAGCAGCGGUUGGUAAUACGCAAUACAUUGAGUACGCGGCUGAUGCAGCAAAAUUUAUCGAACGCUACCUCUUUGACGAGACUAAAGGUGUACUACUUCGCAGUUGUUACCGCGAUGAUAAAGAUGCAAUUACACAAACGAGUGUUCCCAUAGCUGGUUUUCUAGACGAUUAUGCGUUCGUUGUAAAAGGAUUGUUAGAUUUGUACGAGGCUAGCCUGAGAGUACGAUGGUUAGAAUUAGCCGAGAAAUUACAAAAUAUUCAAGACAAACUCUUUUGGGACGAAGCGAACGGUGGAUACUUUUCAACGACGUCGGAGGAUCCCGCUAUAAUUCUUCGGCUCAAGGAGGCUCACGACGGAGCAGAACCAUCGGGCAACUCGAUUGCCGCCGAAAAUCUCCUGCGACUGGCCGAUUACUUGGAUCGCAGCGAACUCAAAGAUAGAGCCGCACGUCUUUUUGGAUCGUUUAGACGCUUGUUGAUGGUAAGACCCAUCGCGCUUCCACAACUAGUAUUGGCGCUUGUUCGUUAUUACGAUGAUGCAACCCAGAUUUAUAUUGCUGGGAAACGGGACGCAAAGGAUACCAAUGACUUACUUCGCGUUGUGUACGAACGUUUGAUACCUGGGAGGACUCUUCUUUUUGCCGAUCCCGAUGACACGAGUAGUAUGUUAUUUCGCAGAAACGAACAUCUUUGCAAAAUGAAACCUUUGGAUGGUCGAGCAACGGCUUACGUUUGUCGAAACCAUACGUGCUCUUUACCUGUUACGGAUCCUGUACGAUUGGCAGUUUUGCUAGACGACCAGCGAUAUGUUACCAAAUAAUAAUUGCAGUUUAUAGACGUUUAAACUAACCUUUAACUCUGUAUAACUCUAGGAAGACUGAAUCACGAGCUGUUAUGCUAGGAACUAAGAAGGUUGCUCAUCGAGUCCACCUGCGUUUCCCUUUAUUCGAUUGGUAAACAAUCGGUUAAAAAUUACUACUUUAAAAUCAAAGCCGAUACGUAAAUAUUAACUUUGAUAUAUCAACGACAAUAAACAAUUUUCUAGAAGUAUUUUACUUGGGGAAAGGAGCAUAUAUUUAAGAUUUUCUGAAAGGUGGGCUCGACAAGCCUCGACUUCAGUUUUUCUAAGGUUAUGUGUCACGGUGAACGAAGACCGCUAGGUUACACAGGAAAAUAAAACAGUUUUGUAGGCAGUUACGUACGCUAUAAAAUGUAAUAAAUUCGACUAAACCAUAUGCCGGAGGUGUCCAAGAUAAGCUCCAAGAAACGUAACUUACGGCGAACAUAUAUAUAUACUAUAGUAUAGCUCCUAGUGGAAUAGCGGGGAUAUUCCAACACUUCAUUAAAUAGUGAAUUCGUUGUAAUUCAGAUUUCUAAGAGCUCAAUUUGGACACGUUUGCUGUACACGUUACACGUUGAAUUGUAUAAUAAAAAAUCGAUUGUUACUUGAGAAUUGAGGGAAGUUAAUACUUGUUACAUACGAUUGUAAAUACUUUUUUUUUUGUUUAAAUAAAGCGAAGAUGUUGGAAGUA